AUGACGCGACGUGCUCCUCGACCCUCCGGCACAGUAUGUCUUGCGCUCAUUCUGCUUACGUUUGGGCUUGUCAGCUCCGCAACGGGUGCCAAAAUACGGGUCUGGCCCGGCCACUCCAUUCAGGCCGCGAUCAACAAAGCUUCUCCCCAUGAUACUAUCGUUGUAAAGCCUGGAACCUAUGCCGAGCAGUUGACGAUCGACAAGGACGGGAUUUCCCUGGUUGGACACGACGCCAUCCUCGUCCCUCCUUUCUCUGCUGCUUCAAAUUUAUGUUCUGGUCUUGCCGGUGACAAAACCGAGGCGGGUAUCUGCGUGCUCGGAUCUAAGGUCGUCCUGGCGCCCUUUGUGUCCGAACACAGAAAGGUCAUCUCGGUAGGCAAGCCGGUCAAGGGCGUAUCAAUCAGCGGCUUUCAGAUAAAGAACUUCUCGGGCGAGAACGUGGCGGUAGUCGGAGGCCAGGAUGUUAGCGUGACUCAGAAUAAGCUCAUUAACGGUGGACAGUACGGCUUGCUCUCGGACGGCUCAACAAACACCAUAGUAGCUGACAAUACGGUGAUAUCAGAAACGGGCCUGAAGUUCAUCGGCAUCUGUGUGGACAAUUUCGCUGGUGCCCAGGUCUCGAAAAACUACAUCUCCGGGUAUAUCAUCGCUCUCUGUAUCGACACAUCAGGCGCCGACGUGGGAAACAAUGGUAUCAGUAACUGCUGCAUUGGGGUCUUCAUUGAUCCUUUCAUCAAGGACGCCAAGGUUCAUGACAAUCACAUCGACGCAUCGAAUCCAACUUGCCCGCCAGAGAGUGUAUUCGGAAUCAUCAUAUCCGGGGCGGUAAACACCGUUGCCAGACACAACAUCAUCCAGGGACAAACCAAUAAAACCAGUGGCGGCGCCACUGCAGGCCUUGCAAUCGUCGACGACCAGUCGACUGGGACUCUAGCGAUUGCCUCGGGCAAUAAGGUCGUUGGGAAUAUCUUCCGUCACAAUACCCUCGAUCUGCUCAUCAACACGAAGGGCACCGGUAACGUGAUCGAGCACAACAGAUGCUCGACACCCAAAGAACUCUGUGCCAAAAAAGAGUGGAGUACAUGA